AUGUCACAAACAUUUCCCGAGUUUCCUCUUCCUUUUGGAAAUUUCAACCAGGAUGAUCCGAAUGGUAAAAACGAUUCUGAACUAUCAGCUCGACGCUGCCAUUUACUGACAUCAAGUACCCAGUCAAGUUCUGGACAAUCUGUUCAGUUCGCACCUCUUAGUGGAAAGGUCCUCUUCCGAAACCUCCGGUAUUACUCGCGUAAUCAAUCGAUCAGCGUUCUUCGAGGACAUAUAACCUUCCGCUACUGGGUUUCGCGGGUCCGAAAGGGCGGGGAUACUGCAGCGUCCGGGUCGCAAGAACUACCCUGUAGGAUCAGACUUCGUUUGGACGGUCUAGAAUGGUUUAUUUAUAAUCGGACUGCUGCGUAUGAGCAUCUGCAAUCUGUUUUAGAACGGUCCGGGGCUGCUCCUCCAGCGGGCCCUACCCGGUCGGAGAACAUCUCAGUAAAUAUCACCGAAGACUUCCCAAGCAACACACCAAAAGAUAUGGGUUUUCGGUGGUUUCUUCCAAUCGAUAUAGCGGCCACCACUGGGGCAAUUACCAUGGGUCUGCCUGACCUUCCUUCCAUUUUUAUCAUCCAUUAUAAAGAAGCCGUCGGGGUGUACGAGGCCGUUAAGUCCCGCUCUCUGCAUGAUUUCUACAGGACCGACUUAAACCUGUCUGUGAAGAAGGUUAAAUUCAGUAUGAUGACAAAUGUUGACUAUCGCGAACCGGUUUUGAAUCAAGCCGCCCGCAUCCGCUCGCACAACAUAAGGCGCCCAUGGUAUCGGAAGUUGGCAGCAUUCUUGGGCGGUGGGAUCAUUUGGGGCGGUAUGAAAGACGAAGAGAUCCCUCUUCAAGAAGCAGAACGACAUUGGGCCGGUCUGUCCCGAUAUAAAGUCUCCAAUGUCCCUCUUUUAAAGAGACGGCGUUUUGAAGAAUAUGCGAAAGUAACCAACGUGCUAGAUUGUCGACGAUUGGAACUGCGCUAUUAUGUGGAUAUUCCAGGACCUGUUCCUCGCGACAGUAUCAAACAAGAGCUCAGCCGGGAUAGUCAAAAAGAAGAAAAUGAUGUAGGAAACGGCGAUCUACCUCCCGAAUGGGGACUAGACCUCACGGUGACUGACGGGCAGCUGCAUUAUGGGCCAUGGACCGAUCGUCAGAGGCGGAUAAUGCAAUCGUUUUUCUUUCCUUACUCUUACCGAAACCUGGAAAAGACUGAAACCCUCGUUCCCGGAGAAACUCGAGUCUUCGUCGCCAUGAAAGUACUCAUGAAGUUUGAAGGCGAAACGGCCCUCCGCAUUCCAUUUCGUGAGCAAUCGAAGGACUGGAAGUUUUACGAUGAUACUAUCAGCGACGAUGACGGAAAUGAGAAUGUGAAGGUUGGAUCCACGGGGAGGCCGUAUGCCUGGAUCGACCUUAAAGCAAAGGGGACGUCGUCUGUGGAUAUCAUUGUACCCUUCAUACAAGGAGAAAAUGGAUACUCUACAAACGUGAAUGUUGCUCUCGAGGAUCUUUCGAUGUUGACAAGUCUGAAUUACAGCGUUCUGUUGGCAGCUCAGAGUGUGAGGCUGGAUUGCCAAAUGGAAAAUCCUUUGCGAUGGAACGGAGAGCGAACAUGGCUGUUCACUGUGGCGCUCAAUGCAGCUCAGUUGUUUCUGUUACGGGACCACGUUACCCUGAUUACGGACCUCAUUAGAGAUUGGACGUCAGGGCCUGCAACCUCACUUGAAUAUUUCGUUCCGAUGGAGUAUAAGAUCAAGUUCAACUUAAUAGACUUUGAGUUGAUCUUCUGUGUAAACCAGAAUAACGUGAUCAACCAGCCAAAUGACUUGAAUGAUAAUGUGUAUUUGAUUGUGAGCGGUCCUCGUUUACGGUUUGAUGUGUCGAUGCCCUUCCUCCAUUUUGAGGAAGAUGCGACAAUCGUCGGGUUCCAGGUCGAGUCCAAGAAGACACGCGUUAGGAUGAGUUUUCCAGCAUCUCACACUAUCGGUGCAUAUUUGACGGAAGAAGCGCGCAAUGUUGGCACAGUCGGUCAUCUAGCCAUUGAGGCAUCCUAUCGUUUUUGCAAUACAUACAAACUUGGGAAUGUAGACAGUUUAGCUAUGAAUGUGGAGGCGUCAUCAGUUCACGCAACCAUAUUCGGCUUCCUGAUCACACAUCUGGUCUAUUUCAAAGAAAAUUAUAUGGGAGACUUCAAUAACUUCGUGACAUCAGACGAAUUUCGUAAUAGAACGGCUGAUCCCACUAUGGCAGAGACCGCUUGGCGAAAGCAGGAAGCAGCGAAGGGCAAAUCAAAUCUUUUUGAGGUCCACAUUACAGUGGUAGUGCAAAAUGCGGUUGCCAUCUUGCCGGAAAAUCUAUAUGAUGUGCAGGAGGCCUCAGUACUUACGAUCAAUGAAAUUCAAGUCGAGAACCGCAAUAAUGAUCAUUACCACGAUGUACAAAUUAAUCUACGGCCUAUCCAUUGGUCCCGCACCCAGAUUGUGGCUUCAGUUGUACAGCCGAACCCCGUCGAGGAUCGCAAUUUUUUGCGCGCUCAAGAUAUCACAGUGCGCGGGCACCGUCUUUUCGGACGACCCCCGCGAGGAGCAGUUUACGCUGUGGAUUGGCGAUUGACUGUUGGCCAGAUUGUGGGAGAGUUGCAACCGUUUUCACUGCCUGCCAUACAGCAGGCGUUAGAGUGCUUCUCUUUUCAUUACGCGGAUAUGGAUAACCUUCUAGUAGCACCUCAACCGCUACCCGAUAUUACAACGGUGCAAGUAGUGCUGACAAGUAUUGAAAUUUCAGUGUGGGGACAAGGAAGUGUGUCGAGUCUGCACCUAGCCCAUGGAUUGCGACUGCAAAUGGACAAUUUUAUAUGCGCGAAUUGGAGCGAGCGCGUAUUCGUUGAAGUUCCGGAUAUCUUGAUCCGAUGUUUAGCGGUGACAAAGGAUAAAGAAGAUGGAUCAGCAGCCAACGGUGACUAUUCUUGGGUGGAAGUUUUGAAUGGGCGGACAGCUCUGUCGGUCUGCAUAUAUAGGCAGAUGCCCAACUGGACAGAGGCACAAGCCAGACAGAUGGAUUUUAUCAAAACCCAAGAUGACGCAACCCAGCGGUGCACCUUCCUAUACAAUCAGGGAGACGUCAAUAAUGGUCGUAGACGACAGGAAGUUCGCUCGGCGGAUGACACUCAUUGGUUGCCCUAUCUGCCACUCUUCACACCCCCUUUUAAGGUUACCCCCCACCAAUCAACUCCCAGAGAGGAGAGUCCUGUUCGAGAUAUAUUUGCUGACACAACAAGUUCUGGGUGGUCCGACCGUGCAGCAGAUAGCGACUCUGAUGGUUCUAGAGAUUUGGACGAACCUUCCGACCACUCGCCUUUGGCGGACUCUGACACGUGGCAGACUUUCACAGACCAAGAACCAUCGGGCGUACCGCACCAAUCGUUCCAGCAACCUGCGGUCUCCCGAUCUAUUCCUUAUCGGUCAUACCUGAAAAGAUUCAAUAUCGAUACUUCGCACCGCGACUCACUAGGACGGUCUCCCACUAUGACACAGUUUACUUCGGUUGACCCCGAAGAUGGGGAGACCACUGAUGCUGACGACUUCUACAUGGAGAGGCCAUUCCAUAGGGCUAUGAGAAAAUAUCGUCGUGGCGAAGCGAAAGCCCCGGAGAACUCGGAUAGUGAAGAGAGAAAAAUGGUUACGGUUGACUUUUCGGGACCUCUGCGAUUUCUUAUCACACCGAUCUUUCUGCGCAUUGUUCAGGAAGCGCUGGAGAAUCUGGGAAGUCGACCGCUAAGACCGGAGUCCAUGAUGGAUGCAUUUCAGAGGGAGUACACGAAUAGUCUGAUCCAGAUCUUCGCAUAUCAGUAUACUUCUUCGUCAAUUUUUGUUUCCGCGCCCACCGUACAUAUUCAUUGCAUCCAAGAUAUGCUGCUUCCAGAUGUGACUUCGUUCUUGCAUGAUGACCUGCCCCUUCGAUACGAGUUAUCUGACAGACUGUUGUGCUCAUUCGAUAUUGUCGUUACGGGUGUUACUGGAAGAGUCAAGACGACGACCAAGAACCCCACGGCUGCAUUUCGCGAGCCACAACAAAACGAAGCCAAAUUCGUCGUUGAUGUCGAGAGAGUUGCUACCAAACUGCGAUUUGUUGGAAAUAUGAAUGCUGCGGGCAUUGUGGGCAUCCCAUCAGCGAAGCAACAUGCUCGCGCAACCCCAGCGGAGGGGGCGCUAGAAGGCGUUCCUGUUGUUCUAGAUUUGCUAGCCGAAAAGAUUCAGUGGGAAGGACAUCUCGAUUGGCGGUCGGAUCUCAAACCCGGAGAACAAGAUGGGAGUUCAAUGAAAAUUAGCACGAAGGACUUGUCUGUCGUUUCAAUCAACGAAACUAUAGAAAUCAUGUUUGGUGCCAUUUUCAAGUGGGUUACGUUCGGUACGGAUGUGAGUAAGCUGGCUAGCGAAUUCAGAGCACGACGGCGAAAGGAGCUUCAAAAGCUCGUGAGCUUAGUCGCGGAAAAGGCCUAUCAUUCACAGAUAUCAGGAGAUCCAGUUUUCUUAACACACCCGUCGACGCUGUGGCUGCUGGGAAACCGUAGACAUCAGAAUGACAGUGGAUGGAAGCUGCUCGCCCAUCUUCGAUACUGCCUGCGAGCAUUGCCGCACCUCGUGAAAGAAGAGAUGUGUAGGCAGUUGGGCAAUAGCAUGGAUGCAGACGCCAAACUCAUGUAUGUUUCAAUUCUCCGUUAUCUUGGCGCCUGGCGACAAUGGGAGGUAAGCGACCUCUCAUCUACACCUCUACUGCGUGGCUUGUACAAUGUGAAACCACCAGUUCCGUGCACCGCGACGGCAACCAAUAUGGAGACGUUAAGCCGAAUAUUGAAUUGGAAAGGGAUGUUGGAUGUUGCAAGACUCGACAUCACCAUCAUUGAAUUCCAAAAUGACGACAGCUCCAUUAUGGUCGGGCCCAUUGUUAUGUCUGGCAAAAGCCGUGUGUGUGACAGGGAUGUGCCGGACCUUUCAGCGGAAUGCGACUUCGGGUCUGACAUUGACGCUCAGUUGGGAAACUUAAAUGGCUCCCGGUCGCAGAGCGGCUGUGGUCAUUUGGAUGUGAGAUGCAGAGCGCGAAUAGAGCGUAUCGAUACCGUUGUCAAUCCCAACCUUUUUGGGUUUGUUCGUCAUUUCCUCCGGGUACAUCGCUGGUUUCAAGCGAGGCUGGAGUCAAGUGAAAGGAGCCACGCCGCCCAAAAGCAGGGUGACAUAUUGGCUUCCCUUGGCAGCGCUUCGGAAACAACCCUGCUUCGUGGACUACCUGUCGUAUUUUUUGGGACGGGGCUUGUGACUAGAUUCUCGAUAACGGCAGCUGCUCACAAUCUUGUGGCACAAGCUACACUGAGAAAUAUUCAGGCAUGUUCAAUGCAUCUCACAAACAAAAGAACUCAAGACAUCUAUGAGGAACAGCGCGAACCGCUGUAUGAGCCCGGUCAUCUCUUACACAACACUGUGGUAACUGUGGCAGAUGUAAACGUUACCAUGUACGAACGCACUGUGAGAGCCGGAAAGCUGCAAGAUACCGCAACUUUGAUAUCGCUUGAGCUUGGCGAAAUAAGUGGAACAGCUUCGGUCAGCCAGUCUUCAUCCACAGACUCUCGAGGAUCUGUGGUCCAUCCGUCAGAAAUAUUGUCAUUGGCCACCGUAAUACGUUAUGCUGGCUUGCGUCUCCCCAGAAGUUUGCUAAAGCUGCACACGUUCCUGGAAAAAUGGGGGGAUGAAGAUCUACCUCGUUAUGACUUCCUUUUCAAUAGGUUAGUCCGAGAGUGGGACAGCGGACAGCUAGACGUUCCCGUGGAGGGUUUGAGCCGUAGCACCAGCUCGAAGAUCGGAAAUCUUUCACGACCGCGCUUCGAGAGUAUUCGACUUGAAUUUUUACUUAGCCACUUGUCAAUUCAAUCGGAUUUAUUGGCAUCUCUGAACUUCUUUUAUGAUGCCCACAAUCUGCUCAUAGGAAUUAGUCAAGACGAUUCUCCAGCAGCUCUGGGGGGAGCGCCGAAUAUGCUGAAAACGAGGAUCGGCUGGGAGGCACGCUUGGCUAGUCAUACUGUUAAAUUUCUAGCGAGAAAGACGAGCUCAAGGACGUAUAUUGACGAGCCUUCACCUGAUAACCAGUGGACAACUUUUGACUUGCCAACCGCUAGCUCAAAAGGCUCAGUUGUACACGGAGCGUCCCAAACGCAAACAAUGCCGGGUGAGAGCCUGGAAACAGUCCGUCAGCCAGUCCCUCUGCAGCAGUCCAAGCGAAUCGAAGCUACAUUGGAGCUGGACUUAAUCGAAGCAAGUCUUGACGUGAGCAUUAUUGACCAGCUGAUUACAGCGCAAAAUGUUCUCGGCGGUGAGUUGAACGAUAUCUUGGAGGUCUUCGCCUUCUAUAGCAGAAAAAAGGCACAUUCGAAACGCGGUGCAAGUCAUCAGAAGGAAAAGGUCGCUGGUGCGAUUCCAAGGAUUCUGUAUGCUCUGAAGAUUACUGUUCAAGGCCUUCGCAUUUCUGCCGAAAGUCCCAACAGCAUCAUAAUCUUUGAAUCCGAUCCUUUGAAUGGGUUCGUAACAAACUUCCCUCAAAGCGACGUGUCCACCGGUAGCUUGGAAUUGCCGACUGCCAUAGGUGCUGACAUACUUUCAUGGCGUUUCGUGGCUCGCCGCUUCUCCUUAUCACUGAUCCUCAAUAUGCCAAAUUGGCAGCAGUGGAGGACUAACGCCCGAGCAAAGAUGCACCCGCUAGCCUACGUUCUGAUGGGCCUCACUGUCCAGAAUUACGGACCUGCUGAAACGGUGGCUCGGGACUUUGAUAAUCUCGAGAUGCUCUAUAUCCAAGUCCAUAAACUCCAUGCUGUGUUGCAGCCAACAGCAAUGACUUCGAUGGCGGAAGCUGGGGUGUUUUAUACAAAGGAAUUGGACAGGCGAAAGCAACAGAAGGCGAAGGAAAUAAAGAGGGCGAAAGAGAAUACAACACGUUUUCUAAAGGGGAUACGAUUGCCAUUAUCACCGGAGCGAAAAGACCGUUCAUUCUUUGAAAACAGAGUGAUCCUCGUGAAAAUAAGACAAAUAGGCGCCGCGAUACCGCUCCGUGAACACGAGAGCAAUUUCAGUGAGAUUCUAGAGAAUGCACCGCCUGGCCUAGCCAGUCGGCGCAACACGAUGUCGGGGUCCGGUUUGGACCCGUUACCGGCAUUCCUAGUUUCCGCUAAAGAGAUUCAGCUUGAUUCAAUGCGUUUGAAAUCAGCUGCAGGAAGAAUCACUGAUUUGUGCUUCCAGUUUGUACCUAUAUUCGAGGCGGCAAAUGACAAGCAUUUCUCCCCGUCUGGACAUCCAAACGUAAAUCGGAUCAUUCUGCAACUCAUCAACGCCGAAUUUCACCGAACGCUAGAACAAGAUCGGAAUAUCAUCCGUGUGAACUCUGGUAUCAGAGGGUUUGAGUUAGAAGUAGACGCAACGAUAACCGAGUAUUUGAAUCAGCUCAAUGCAAUUUACGUGCGGGAGCGUGAGAAAGUUGCACAAUCAUUACCGGUGGACGAAUGUGACGAUCACAGCAAGCCUGUCACCACGAAGGAAGAGCUCGAAGAGGAUGACGGGCACGCUAACCACAUUGAAACAAACGGAGAGUCCACGGGAGGCGCCCUCCAUGUUAGUUUUGAAGGCCGUUUCGAGUUUGAAGCCGGUACUUGUAAGUUAUGGUCAGCUAGGAAUAAAGAGAGGAGCGCUCCGGCUGAAUCCCCAGCGCUAUCCACAAGCCAAUUAUCAUCAACCGGAUCUGCAAGCCAGCGAACGGGCGAAACGAGCAAUGGCGAAGAUCCUUGUCUACACGUACUCACGCUUCCAGGACUUACGUUGCUGACUGUGGGCAGAACAAUAAUUGGACCAUCAUCAAAGCACGCCAGCCUUGGCGACGAUUCAUUGAAAGGCAUCCAUUUUGAACUCGUCAUCCACCCUACGCAUAAUGUUCUACAUCCGGACAUUGUCACUUUCUUUCGCGACGUGAAUGCUAAUCUGAAACUCGGACGGAUUCUCAAGCAUCAGGAGGAGAUCGAAAGAGGCGUGAACGACAGUAAUCAGUCUCUCGACAAAAAGCCACGUAAUGAAACGGAGACAAAUCCGACCUUUGUAGCGUAUCAACGGCAUAAAAUUACUUUCUACUUGCGGUUGUCCAGAACUAAAGUCAGUCUCAGCUGCCAACCCGUUUCAAAAGUCAGCUGUAACUUCAAUUUGGAUGAGGCGGAUUUCAUGUUUUCGUUCUUGCCGAAAGGUGUGAGCAAAGACCGAACUCAGUAUAUGAGCUGUACCGCCAAUAUUCUGGGCACGUCCGGAGCGCUCCGACAUGCAUUUUCCCCUGAAGAUUGCCUAAAUGCGGAGAUACCACGAGUCACCUUCAGCGUGACAAUGAUAGAGCGAAAGCAUAACCGGACAUAUGCCAUUGAAAUCGGUGUUCCUUCCUUAAUUGGAAAUCUUAAUGCUAGGCAUCUUCAGGAUUUCUUUCUUUUCCAACGUAUGUGGUUGGACCAUCCCUCACAAUUCGUCUUCCCAUCAGGCAAUUUGGCUUCAUCCCCACCCGAGUUCGACGAUGAUAAGCAGACGCAGCGCUCGUCUCUCUUUUCCUUGGGCGGUGAUUCUGUUCACUCCCUGACAGACCACUUCAACGUAGCCGCCCGAAUAAACCAAAUCGAAUUCGCCAUGGAUCUCGGGCAAGCUAUUGGCAAAGCUACUGUUGGAUUAGAAAAUGUCGUUGUGAGUGGGAGCGUAACCAAGUCUACCUUUGGAUUUGAGAAGAAAGCCGGUACAUUCAAGUGCGAGACAAUUGGUGUCAAAAGUGAGGGUCGCUUCAGCGGAAUUACAUCCAUUGACGGAGUGCACUUUUAUCUUGACGCAAGACGGCCCCUGCGCACCAAUUUUGCCGCAAGAUCAUCAUUUGUUGGAAUGGAAGCUGCUCUCAGGGUGGAUCAUUUAGGAUCCCAGUUGCAGUACCAGUACGAGAGAAUCCUAAUCGUGCACGUCUCUCCUUUGCAUGGCGGACUCACUGAUCAAUGGACACUCGGUGACGAUGGCCCUGAGCUCUGCAGUAGUGCUGAUAUUAAGGUGGACACAUUCAAAGCGAUCAUGUCUCGACGAACAAUCCCCACACUGGUACAUCUGGCCAAACGCCUUCAUGCGUUAAUUGAAGAAAAAAGAGGGAUAGACUCAGUCUCCGCCAAUACAACUAAUCGCGGCGAAACAGUCUCUUCGAGUCCGUCCACUGGAUCCUUUUUGUUGCGGCCGCAGGAUCGAGUGCGGAGCCCUAGCAGUGUGGACGCCAGUAUCCCUAGUCCAACAUCCAUCUCCAAGCCGCUUCAUCGCGCUUCGUUCGCCAAAUCGCCAUGGGGUCCACUUGUCGGCCGGAUUCGACUAGUGUUAGGAGAAGCCUUUGUGAUUCUCACCCGGUAUAACUUCCGUGAUCCGGAUUUCGCCCAAAUAGUUUCAAAAAGGUUUGAGGUCUACUACGAAGGAUCCGCAAGUGCCGCGCAUAGGGCUGCUGAAAGCACGUCAUUCGAAUUGGGUGGUUUCAAUGUGAAGAAGGGUGCCGCGAAGCCGAUAUCUCAAGCCGAAGAGAGCAUGUGGAGUACAGCUCAGUGGUUUGCUUUCAUGACUGCCGCUGCAACCAAGAAUGUUUUUGGUGUACCGUCCACCAAAAUCAAGCUCGCUACAGAAACCUUUUUGGAGGAGCCCAAAGUCGAAUUUUCAUUUCGCACGGAUUUUGGUGGUCCUAUUGAUGUGGCAUUGAAUUUUGGCCUCUACAAAUAUUUGCAAGAUCUGGUGCAACUGUACCAGAAAGCGGUGGCGAGAUCCGAGAGCACAAAGUCUGAAAAUGCAAGUCGCACUACGGGACCUUCGCCGACGAACGGAGGACCUAGCCCACUGAGCGGUGCGCCCACCAAAUUCGGCGUAUCUACUGCAUCUCUUGUCUCCCAAAGCUCAAAUGAUGGUGCCGCGCCUCUGGCGGCGAAAGUUGGUUCUCCUGGGGACGCUAAGGCAAAUGCACCUCCUGAUAGAGCUGGGGAUGAGCGCGACAAAGUGCAGUUCGUCCGAACAGGCGACAUGGUUUUCGAACCUCAACUUAAAGUCACUGGCGACGCAACUCCAUGGGAGUGGGUGGAAUGGCUAGGAGUGCAUAAAGAAAAGGUGCCAAGGCUUCUCUAUGAACAAGUGACCAUGAAUUUUGCGGAAUUUUUGGAUACACUCACUAAAUUUCGCGAAAUGACUGCCAUUGAUUGACUACAUACAAGACACUAAUAUUACGCCGCGUGCAGGGGCUUCUUAAUAAAUAAACAUUAAGUCUAAGCUCGCAUUCUCGCCUGUCCGAAAUAUAAGUUCUAUUUGAAUGAAAUCUG